CGCCCUGGGAUGCCUCCUGGCAGCAGGAUGCCCAUGGCAGGGCUGCAGGUGGGACCACCUGGAGCUCCUCCCUAUGGAGCAGCCUCUCCAAUGAGGCCUGGUCUGCCCCAGGCCAUGAUGGAUCCGUUCAGGAAGCGCCUGCUGACGCCCCAGGCACAGCCACCCAUGGCCACCCAGAGGAGAGGGGUGAAGAGGAGGAAGAUGGCUGACAAGGUGCUGCCCCAGAGGAUCCGGGAGCUGGUCCCAGAGUCCCAGGCCUACAUGGACCUCUUGGCCUUCGAGCGCAAGCUGGACCAAACCAUCGCUCGGAAGAGAAUGGAGAUCCAGGAGGCCAUCAAGAAACCCCUGACACAAAAGAGGAAGCUGAGGAUUUACAUCUCCAACACUUUCACCCCAGCCAAAGAAGAAGGAGAGGGUGGUGAGCGUGUGGCCUCCUGGGAGCUCCGUGUGGAGGGCAAACUGCUGGAGGAUGUAAGGAUCCAGGAGGGGUCAAGUGGUGGGAAGAACACAAGGAUCCAGGAGGAUGAAGGG